UAUCUUGCUCAACAACGACGAAAAAUAUUUUUGCAUAUUAAAAAAUUAAUUUAAUUUUUUUUCAAAAAUUUUUUUUCGGUGCAUUGUACGAGCCCAGGCAAAGCUUUGAUGGAGGUAAAAAAUGACCGCAUCGAGGCAUUAACGCCGAAUUUCUGGCCAAAAUUGCGUGAAUUGUUCACGCGCGAUUGGCCUGAAAAUCAAAUUGGAUAUUUCAUUGUGGAUGAUUACAUAAAAUGGCUUAAAAGUGAUUUUUACAUGAAAAAUGUAAAACUUUUGACGCUAAAUGGAGACUUUAGUGAUGGAACCUUUGUUGUCGUUGACAGAUAUCAACUUUUUAUUUAUACAUUAGAGGAAACAAAUGAGAGAUUAACGAAAUUAUUAAGAUUGUUGGAUUGGAAAAAGGGAUUUAUCGUUAGUGCAUUUCGAAAAAAGUUUUUGCCAGCAGUUCUGGAGGUCAUAAAAGAGAAAAAACUUGAGAUCGAGUAUGAUAGUGAAAAUUUUGUUCAUUUCCUGCCGAAGGAAAAAGCUACCGAAUUUCAUUUAGAUAUUCCAGAAGGCUUUGAAAUUCGUCCUUUAUCAACUUUGGAGCACGCAAAGACAGCAAACGACCUCUGGGCGUAUAAACAUGACGGAUCCCUUUUCUAUUUGAAACGCUUGAUCGAUCUGAAUCCAACGAUGGGAGUUUUUAUUGGCGACGAAUUAAUUGCUUGGUGUUUCCGAUUCCAAUCAGGCGUCCUCGGAGCCUUACAAGUCAAAGAAUCUUUCAGAAAAAAAGGUUUCGGAAAAUUAGUGACAAAAGCUCUUUGUAAGGAACUCGGCAAAAAUGGUUCAGAUGUCAUGGCAUUAGUAGCUGACAGUAACGAAGCCUCAAAAAGAACUUUUCAAGCUCUGGGAUUUGAAAUCAUCGAUUGCUGUCAUUGGAUAAAAACAAUAGCGAAAGAACCUUUUGAUUGGAAUGAUCUUGAAAAUUUGCCAAAUUUUUAGGUCACUUUUUAAUUUGAUCAUAAACAAUCAAAUAUCAAUCCAUAAUCAUAAAUUUAGUAAUAAAGA